UUUUUAAAAUAUUAUGAAAAGUUCAAAAGAGGAGGUAAAUAAGAGUUCCUUAUUGUAGUGGUAUGCUGUUUGUUUGCAUUUAUAAACAAAUUGAUAUUGUGGGAAUGUUUGCACAAUCCUUUUCCCUUGCACCAAGAAAUUAAAACAAUAUUUUCACUGCAAUCAAUGACAACUCAUGAAUUUUUGAAGAAAUAGAGUGUCCAGAAAGUGUUUUAUUUGAGUYGGAAAAACGUAUUCGAGUUUAAUUAGAAUGAAAACAAUACGUGAUUUGCGCCCAAGCUUUCCCUGCUUUAUACUGGUAUCCAUCUUACAGCACUUCAGAGCGGGGUUUCUGAUUUUAGUAAUCUGCCAUUAGUCAUAGUUAUCAGAGCUGUCAGCCACAAAUUAUCCUACUUACUAAAGUACUGUCAUGUUAUCACCAUUUUAUCCGGAAGCCACCCAUCUCGAAAAGCGUUUCCCAAAAAAACAAAAUAUGUUCAAUUUUGAAACCCGCGCGGAAAAAAAUCCCUGAAAAAAUCAUGUGUUUAUAUCUGGCUAUUGAGAUAAUUAAGGUAUAAAGCUUUUAAAACAAUGGACUUCUGUUGCGGUUGAGUGGUGUGACUUCAGAAGUUUAUAUUGUUGAUUUUUCACUGUCCAGGUUAAUAAACGUUACUAAUUGUGUAACAUUAGGUAAUAGCGGUAUAAAUACCAGCGCACCGCACGAUGUAUUUCAUUCACACGUGCAACUUGUGCAGRCAGAAGCAAUCUCUGUAGCGAUCUCAGUAAUUCACUGAUUCCUUUCUGGAACUCGUCUGAACGCAAUAAAAUGGCCACUACAAACGACAGCACAACUUUUCUGGUCGGAAAAAGAUUUCCCAAUCGGCUUUUUGUUGGAGGUCUWCCCCCAAAUACGGAAGCAGUAGAAUUAGCCCAGUAUUUCAGCCAGUAUGGUCUAGUAACGGACGCCAAAGUUAUCGCUGAUCCGGAGAAAAAUAUCUCCAAGGGAUACGGGUUUGUGACCUUCAAGUCGACUGAAGAUGUAAAAAAUGUAAUUCAAUGUGGUACAUUGUUUUUCAAGGAUAAAAAAAUAAAUAUCGGGCCUGCAGUAAAAAAAGAUGGGCCAAUGAUAAAGCCUGAGGUUGUCAUUGUUCCUAAAGCACCAUCCAAAGGAAGGUACUUUUCCCUUGAUCCAACAUCACAGUAUAUGCCUGUCCAGCCUGACACCACCACUGUAGAGCCGAUUUAUGUACCGGAACCAUGCAAUGCCUCAUGUUUCAGCCAGUGCUAUGUUCCUGAUAUGUCAUUGUGCUAUGAAACAUGCUAUGUUCCGGAAACAUGUUAUGCUCCAGAAACAUGUUAUGUUCCAGAAACAUGUUAUGUUCCAGAGAGCUGCUUGGGUUACUACCCUCAAGUAUGCUACCCAAUGAUUGCACAGCAAUGUUAUCAGCCUGUUGGAGCACCUGUGAUGCAAGCUCCCGUCCCCAAAACAACUGGAACAACGACAAUGAAGAAAAGAAGGUCUCUCCCUCCUCGCUUCAAGAGAAGCUCUUAAAUUGCCUGACAUGAGUUYUUUUGGGGUUGUUUCUAAAAGUAUGAGUGCUGAAUUUGAUAUCAAAAUCAAAAUUGUGAUUAAGAAAAACAAAAUCCAACACAGCAUACUUAAACAGUAUAAACAUUGCACCAACAUUUUUUAAUGUCACAAUUUGAUAUCCGAGUUUAACUUCAGCAGCCCUCAUACUUCAAGAAAUGACUUUAUGUGUCKUGUCAUAAAGGAAGUCACACCUCGAAUCUUUAGUCCCUGUAUCUUUUUAUGCAAAUUUUAUCAGUACUCCUCCRCAAACAAAUUUAAGAAAUACAAGAAAAUAAUAUUUUGAUUCGAUUCUCGAAUAUUUUUGGAACAUUUAUGAUUUUAAUCUUAAUUCGUUCAGAUCUCUUUUAUUAAAUGCAAAUUAAUGUACAUUGGUGAUUUUUCAAACUGUAAAACAACAAAAAAACUAGYAUUUCCGAAAAUUAGUUAUCUUUUCAAAGGUUGAGAGGGGGAUUUUGUAMAAUUUUAUAGCUAUUUUUGUCACAAGAAAUAUCUUAAUGCUUUUGGCUAAUCUAAGUUGUAAAAUUUUUUCUGGAGCAAGAUAAAAACUGUCACUUAUAUGCUUUCUAAGAGAGCAUUUUGAAAUAUUUUAUAUAUUGAGAAGUGUUUAUAAAUUUGAUUGUUUUAUCAAUCUUAGUCAGUUCYACAAGGAAUGACCUUUACUUGCACUACAGAACAGAUUUGUAUGAUAAUGAUAAGAUGUAAAUAUAUUUUCUAUCUU